CCUUUGUUCAUAUCGUUAAUGUGAAAUUGUUUUUUUAACGGAUCUCUUGUGAGAUUCCUAAUACGCAUGGAAUUCUGGUGAUAACAAAAAAAAGAACUUCUUCUUCUUCUUCUUCUUCUUCUUUCGUUUGCCUCAGCUAGAGGUAGACAAUAAGAGCGGCAAAUGGUUCUUAAAGAAUGGAAAGGGAUCGGCGAGGAUCGGAAUAUUUUGAAAAUAUGAGCGAGACAACGUCUUGCAGCUGUUUAACGAGUUCCGUUGAAAAGUGCUCGUUACGCAGCUGUAGUAUGUUUCAAGAGCCAUUCUUCCUGCAUCCGCCGAGCACAAGGCCACGUGAUGGGAUUUACAUAAAUCCAAUGAGCGCAUUUAUUGAGCCACAAAAAGCAAAGGAAACUGAAUCAUUUUAUCUUCAUAGUCCAAACGAUCUUGUUUACACGAGGAUCACACAAAUAUUUGGUGACACGCAAAAAUCACGCAAUGGCGAACGAAAUAUCAUCCAGAGGAAAGAUGAAACUUUAACAGUGAAAGUGGACGUGCACAUCAAUAACGGGACCUACAAGCCCAUCAGCAACGGGCACUCGAUAAGGUCGGACUCAAUAAUCAAGGACACCAGUGAGCAUGCAUACGAACAAAUUUGCUUACGUCAGGAAGAAAAUGAUAGCAGCGUCAGUUCUUCGUUUCAAAAAAAAUUGUCCGAUAACGCAUCCGAUGGCAGUCGGUCUCGAAAAACUGAUCGCCGUUAUAGUAGAUCAAGCAGUGCAAGCGAAUGUUCAAAUAUGAGUAGUGAAAUUCAUUGUUUCUCCUCGACAACAUCAACGCCAUCGCUCUCAAGAAACAGUAGUAAUGAAAGAAUAAGUAAAAGUCCCAAAAUCACGGAAAUAACAGAAAGAAAGGACUCAAUCAGCUCAAAAGUGGAAAGUGAAAAGGGGAUAAAGACAAUCAGUAAUGGGUCCAGCGUUCUCAGGCCACCGCCACCGCCACCUCUUCCACCACCACCGGAAAUUGAGGAGGUUUUUGUCAGUCAAAUAAAAGUUGUCGAAAAUAUAACACGAGAGGAGAAAAAAGAUGUCAGUGAUUCAAACGGACUUGAUAGUAAAAGUGAGACUGGAAGUCUUUCCUCUUCGACCAACAAGACCGAUGCAUCCUGCGAACAGGCGGAAGUCAAUUCUGCCAGUCCACCGGUAGAUAUCGAAGAAAUUAAAUCAUCUCAGGUGUCACAUCUCGUGAGUAAACACAUGGUACUGCCCUUCAUUCCGCCCACGUUCACAAAUGCCGCCGAUUCCAAUACUUUACUGAAGCCUUCCGAAUAUCUCAAGAGUAUCUGCAAAGUGCCUCAAAAGAAGUGCCUCUCCAAAGCAAGAUCCGUGGACAAUUUGGAUAUUCAAGGCAGAUCAAGCGACGACGAGGAGCAGAAAACCGAGGAGGACUCGAGUCCUCCUCCGGGACCACCACCUCCUCCGGCUCUACCAUCUUCGACGCCGAAGAUUCAUGGAAGUCCAACUUCCGCCACAACACCUGAAACCGAAUCUCCAAAGCCACUGCAACAGCCCCUUGCCACUAUAAGUAUUCACGAUCUGACGAGCGUUCAACUCAGGCGGACAAAUAUUAAAAUGCACGCAUCGAAAACAUUUUCAGCGCCUCCACCUCGAAGUGUAUCCAUGACAAAUGUGUCCGAACCGUUUCUAAUCCAGAAGACCGACCUGAUAGCGGAACUGAAACAAACAAAAGACAUUCCAGGAAUUAAAAAAUUAAAAGUGGAAAGAGCUCAAGUUGAAAAAUCACAGGAACAAAAUUUAAUUUCCGAAAUUAAUAAAGCAUUUAAUGUCACAAAUUUUGUCGAACAGAUUCCAGAAAAGGAUAGUUCAGGAAAUGUAAUACCAAUUUGGAAACGUCAGAUGCUUGCGAGGAAAGCUGCAGAGAAAGCUAAAAAGGAACUUGAGGAGCAAAUUGCCCGGGAGAACGAGGAGAGACGACAAAAAGCCAUACCACCUUGGAAGAGACAACUUCUUGCUAAAAAAGAUAACGAAGAUAAAAAAAGCUAUUAUCAACCUCAAACAACUGUGACAACGGGUUCCACGUUAAAAAUUGAAAUAACACCAGCAACGCAAAGAGAAUCAACGACAGCGACAUUACAAUUAAAACCAAAAGAGGUGAAAGUGGAAAAAGUUGAAAAAGAAGAAAAACGAAUUGAAACGAAUUACGAUUCGGACGAAGGUCAAAUAAUUCCAUGGAGAGCUCAAUUACGAAAAACGAAUAGUAAAUUAAAUAUUCUCGACUGACUUUGAAUUUUUUUUUUUUAUAAUAAUACAAAUGUUUCAAUUUGACGAAACGCUAUAAACUAUGUAUGCAUUGUUUUUUUUGACGAUAAUUUAUAUUUUAAAAUUAGAUUGUAAUAGCAAAGACUCAUUCAAAGACUCAUUUUUGAAUCAAGUACGCUUGUGUAAUUUGAAUUUUUCAGUGUAACUGAUUCAAAUUGUGCAAAAAAAAAUUGUCCCUUUUUUUAAAUAAAAUUGUCCCUUUUAUGUUCUAAUGAACAUUUUCGCUCGAAAUUUAUAAAGAAAAAUUUAUAUAUCUGUUCAAA